AGUGCUCGUCUGCAUAAAAGCUGGUGUAACCUCAGGCCGUAGCCUUUAAAUUUGUGGGAAUUUGUCGUGUCUGAAUAAACUUAAAUUCCUCAAAUUUGCUGGUUUACAUAGAGGAAACUAUAAAUAAUUUCCCAUGAGCUUCACCGAACUAUUACAGUGAUAUUAUUGUUGCCGUUUUUAGACCAGAAAACGAGACCUCAACAUAAUUACAAGCCGUAAAAUUCGUGACCAUUUGAAGACGGUCCCUUGUCACGAAAUUCCCUCGCACCUCAGCACAUUUGAGAAGAAGAAACUCGGGCGCCUGCUUGCCGCUUGGCACCGCGGACGCAGUGGCAAUAAUUGCUAAGAUGCCGGUCGCCGUCACCGAGUGAGAUGGAGGCUGAGAGUUCUCGCUCAGCGAGCAGCCGCAACAGCCGCCGCGGGGUGCCCGCUACAGCAGCAGGAGGAGCCAGGGCGGCCACCCCUCUCACGGCAGCCACCAGCCAGUACUCCAGCAGCGACGAGGAAGACGCCCCUGGCAACCUCAGGAGACCUCGCAGGGGCAGUCACAGAACUGGGGACUUAGACUCUUCCCACCGCGGUCCCCGCACGCCCGUGGACGGGGCAGGCGAGGAAGAGCGUGGGGACUUCACAGGAGGCAGCGACACGUCCCAGUUUACAAACCCUAGCCUCCUGCCUCCCGACUACUACCCUCCUGCAUACUCCAGCAGCUCUGGGGACCACUACGAACACCGCAGAGCGGCGGGCACUCGGCGCGUUCCUCCGUCCGUGUCGUCGUCCGAUAACAACUCGGACACGACCUACGCCGAGAGCGCAGACAUCAACUCCAGCCUGCGCGCCCGCAUGCACGCUAUCGACAACGAUUUAGCAGUGACACCGCCAGACCCUGCGCCGCCUGAGGUGCCACCACGAGGUCCUUCUCAUCACCACCCGCUACUGACCGCCCAGCGCAGAGCUGCUCAACAGGCCGCCGCUGCUGCUGCUGCAGGUGGAGCGACGAUGCUGGCCGGAAUGGUGAACAUGAAUGGCGGAUCCAACGGCCAACCAUCGCCUCAAUACCUUGACAACCCCGACGACAACUACCAGCAACCCACCAACACAGUCUUCCUCUCACACGGUUAG